CCGGAGCACCGUACCUCACCAUCUUUCCUAGAAGCAGAGUCGUGACUGCUAGCAGCCAUGCCUAAACAUUACAGGCCUCCAGGGAAGAAGAAGGAAGGGAACGCCGCCAGAUACAUCACCAGGUCGCAAGCUGUUAAGGACCUGCAAGUCAGUCUUUCCGUGUUCAGGAAAUUAUGUAUCUUCAAAAACGUUUUUCCUCGAGACCCAAAGAAAAAAGUGAAGGGAAAUCACCAUACCUAUUAUCACAUGAAAGAUAUUUUGGGUCUUAAACAUGACCCACUUCUUGUCAAGUUUCGUGAGGCUAGGACAUAUGAGAAAAAGAAAAAGAAAGCAAUGUCUAAGAAGAACAAAGAUCUUGUUGAACGCGUGUCAACACACAAGCCUUCUUACACACUUGAUAGGCCUAUCCUUGAGAGGUAUCCAACAUUCAUUGAUGCAUUAAGAGAUUUGGAUGAUGGACUCACCAUGGUGCAUCUUUUUGCUGCAUUACCUGCUAUAGAAAGGGAAAACAUUCAAGUAGAAAGAAUCCAUAGUUGUAGAGGGUUGAGUCUUGAGUGGCAAGCAUAUGUCUCUCGCACACAUAAAUUGCGAAAGGCUUUCAUAUCUGUGAAAGGCAUAUAUUACCAGGCAGAGGUUGAAGGGCAAAAAAUCACAUGGUUGACGCCUCAUGCACUACAACAAGUAAUGCCUCAAGAUGUAGAUUACAAGAUCAUGCUUACAUUCUUGGAAUUAUACGAGAAUCUCUUAGGUUUUGUUAAUUUCAAACUCUACAAUUCGAUUAAUUUGAAAUACCCACCUAUCCUUGAUCCUCGACUGAAAGCUUCAGCUUCAGAUUUAUAUGCUUUUACAAGGUAUGUUGAAAAUGUUGCUGAUGAGAAUGAAGAUGAUGAAGAAACAAGAGCAUGUAAAACCCUUUUCAAAGACAUGACAUUCUUCUUGAGUCGUGAGGUUCCAAGAGAAUCAUUGCUUUUUGUGAUUACGGCAUUUGGUGGUGUGGUUUCAUGGGAGGGAGAUGGAGCUCCAUUUGAGGAAUCUAACCAGAGCAUUAAUUAUCAGAUUGUUGAUAGGCCAAGUCAAAGUCACCGGUUUAUUUCCAGAGAUUAUAUACAGCCACAAUGGGUCUUUGAUUGCAUAAAUGCACGAAUUAUACUACCAACCGAAGACUAUAUUGUUGGGAAGGUUCUUCCACCACAUUUGUCUCCAUUUGUUGAUAAUGAAGCAGAAGGACAUGAACCCGAGUAUGCAGAGACCAUUAAAAGGCAUCAAGCUGCUGCUAGAAAAGAGAUCCUCCCAAUGCCAGGUGGCGAACAAGAUGAUCUUGAUAAUGCCCAAAAUCUACUUGCUGAAGGCAUCAUCGAUCGCACUAAAGCCAAAGAAGCUGCUGAAAGAAAAAGAAAGAUGGCGAUGCUUCAAGAGGAGUAUCAUCAUGAACUAAAAAAGGAACUGGAAGGGACAACACAACACACACCCGCUACAGCUGAAGAGGGCAAGAAGAAGAAAAAGAACGUUGAUGAUGAAGAAACGGAAGAUGAUGAUCAAAAUCUGCAGCAGUUUGCUGAUGAUAAUGACAACAUGUCAAAGGUUACCAUGUCACGUAAAAAGAGGAGACUUUAUGAAGCCAUGAAGAUUUCGCAAGAAAGGAAAAAGGCAAGUGUGGAUACUCUCAAGACAAGGAAGAAAAAUAUUCAAAACUCCAAGAAAACAUCAUCUCACUGAAGCUGAUUUAGAGAUUCAAGGUCCUUAAUUCCCUGCGUUUUUAUAAUCAAAGCAAUGAAUUAAAUUUUGUAGGUAUUGGCUUUUUUUUACAUGUUUUUAUAACGGUGGAUUUUUUUUUUUCUCAAAAUUUGGUUUGUUUCUGGAUCUGAUGAUAUUCUUACUAAAUCACAUAUGGUAUGACUUUGAAUUUGUUCUCUGUGAGUAUUAAUUUGUGUGUAUGUUUUUC